AAUGCAUAGGGUAACCAAAGUUGUGAUCGCGUGACAAACGUCAAAAACUUUGUAAACAAGGAAGGAACUGGGUCAUCAUUCAAAUAGGAAGAAAGAUGGCUCUUAUUGCCUUUGUGUUGCUUGGAAUCGCUUUAUCCACACAUGCAGCGGUCUACAUAACGCCAGAACAAAUCCACCUGUCUUAUGGAGUUGAUCCAACCCAGAUGGUGGUGACAUGGAGCACAAUGAAUGCCACCCAGACCACUGUGGGUAUGAUCGCUUUGCAGGCCAGCCUCAGGCCUUCGUACACACCUGUCGAGGGAACCAGUGAAAAGUUUGUGGACCCCGGUACACUUCACCACACCCAGUACAUUCACACAGUCAUCUUCACUGGACUCAUUCCUGGACAGAUAUAUGUGUACAGAGUAGGCACAAGGCCAGAAAGUGUGUGGAGCGAUCAGUUUACGUUCCAUGCAAUGAAAGACGGCACUGACUGGUCGCCAUCUGUCGCUCUCUACGGAGACUUUGGUUUCUCCAACCACCAGUCACUGCAACGUCUUAGCAUUGACAAGGACAAGAACAUGUAUGACGCCAUUCUUCAUGUGGGUGACUUGGCCUAUGACAUGGACUCGGACAAUGGGUAUGUGGGAGACAAGUUCAUGAACAUGAUCCAACCCUUGGCUGCAGAGUUGCCCUACAUGACGUGUCCUGGGAACCACGAGAAUGCAUAUAACUUCACCCACUACAAGGCGAGGUUCAACAUGCCCACAGAUAUGAAUGGAGACAACAUGUUCUACAGUUUCAACAUGGGUCCGGUCCACUUCAUCUCGCUGUCCACAGAGCACUACUUCUUCUUGCAGUACGGGGUCACGCAAAUUCUGAGGCAGUACUACUGGCUAAUAGAGGAUCUAGAGGAGGCCACCAAGCCGGAGAAUCGGAAGCUGCGACCCUGGAUCAUUACCAUGGGCCACCGCCCCAUGUACUGCUCCAACACCGACAAAGACGACUGUACCAAGUGGCACUCUAUUGUGAGAGAUGGUAUUCCUUUCAUCCACAAGUUUGGCCUGGAGAAGAUAUUCUAUGAACAUGGGGUAGACCUGAUGUUCUGGGCACAUGAACACUCCUAUGAAAGACUAUGGCCAACAUUUGAUGACAAGGUGUACAACGGCAGCUUGAAGGAGCCUUACACCAACCCCAGGGCCCCUGUCCACAUCAUCACAGGAUCUGCCGGUUGCCAAGAGGACCACGAUAGUUUCAUACCGGAUCCCCGGGGCUGGUCAGCCUUCCGCAGUGACGACUACGGCUACACUAGGAUGAAGGUCUUCAACAGCACACACCUAUACCUGGAACAGGUCUCGGAUGACAAGGAUGGAGCUGUGAUUGACAGCCUCAUGAUUAUCAAAGACUCCCAUGGACCAUACAAGAACUAGGUGCAGAGCCUUCUGAGAACUAGGACAAUACCUUUCAACUAUGUGGGCACGGCCAUAGCUAGGCACAACUCCCCAUACCAUUCCAUCAUCUGUGAUUCUUACUUGUCUCCAUCAAGCGUGUUCAUGUGUGCU